AUGGGUAACGCGAUAUAUUGGGUAAAUUUGGAUGAGGAUAUUCCCAUCGACACAAAUGCCUGGGUGUUCGUUGCUUUAGAGAUUUUCACAUUGCUAACAACGGCUUUCAAUAUUUUUGGUGUCUACGUGGUCGCUUUUCACUCACCUCCAAAUAUGAGAACUUACGGGAAAGUUCUAACCGUGUAUCAAACAGUAGCACUUAUAACGGAUUUGAUGAUCGGCUCUGCCUUAGCGCCAUAUGUGACAUUUCCUUUGCCAGGAGGAUUUCCAAUGGGAUGGUUGGCCGGUGUAGUGUCAACAUUUUAUCAAUUUUCGUACCCCAAAUUGAAGCAUUUUAUUUGGCAUCCACUUUUCUACGCAAUGAUGCGCGACAAUGCGACCUGGUUGACGAAACAUAUUGGUGCAUGGAUUGUGAUGGCGGUUAGCUGGAUUUCGGUUGCUUGUUUAUCGUGUUGGCAUGUUUUCGAAUCUCGCAAAGAUACGAUUAGUCCAAAAACUCUUCGCAUGUAUCGAAGAUUGGUGGCCAAAGUGACAUUACAGGUUUGCAUUCCAUUAGUGACGAUAUUGAUUCCGUUACUUGCUUGCAUGGUGAUCUUCUAUACGGAUAACUUUGCCUCUAUAACACUGAUGCCAUUUGGAUUAGCUCUAUUCUCUCAACACGCAGUUCUUUCAACAUGUAUGACAUUCUUUCUCUAUCGACCCUAUACAGGAUUCGCUUUACGGAUGGCAUGGAAAAUAUUAAGCAAAAUCUAUCCAUCGUUGGCUCCUCGAAUCUUCAACAUCAGCGACAAUACGACGAUAGCUCCUGUGCAUGUCGCUUCAGCAUCAAGGCGUUUCACCAUCGCCGUUUCGGUGGUCGUUCGGAAUUCCUCAUUUGAUUUGAGAAUGAAA